UUUGGUAGAAAGUAGACGAGCCCCAUUUGCAUUUCCCUCUUCAUCUCCUUUUUUCGGAAAACGGGAGUCCGUGAUAAGAGAAGCUCUCUCUAAAAGCCGCUUAAACCCUAAAUCCAUACUCUAAACCCUAAAAACCCGUUCGCAAUUCCAGCUCCAGUUUAGGUACUUCUGGAAACAUCUGGAAUGAACGGGUUUCUUCUAUUACAAAGCCUCCUGUGAAGGUUUUAAGAAAGCUGGAUGCAGUUUUCGGGUUUAAUCGAUGGAUUCAAGAGAAGGUACGAGGUUAUCUUCUUCCGAACCUCCUGGAAUGAUGCUGGGCUCGAAUUCCUAUGGCGGAGGCUUACAGAAUAGUUCGAUGGUUAGUCCAAACUCGGCGGGUAUGAUGCAAGCCAUGCGGAGUCCGUUUAACUCGGUGGUUCCUUCUGGAUCAAAACUGGGUGAUUCCAUGAACUCUGGGUAUCAUGGUGACAUGCCCUCGGGCAUGAGACCGUGUGGAUUUAGCAUGAGUGAGCCGAUAAAGAAGAAGAGAGGACGGCCAAGGAAGUAUGGACCUGAUGGUAGCAUGGCAUUGGCAUUGACACCUCUUUCCUCAGUUUCAGGGCAUUUGAAUGCUCCCUCAUCCGAGCCAAUGAUUAAGCGGAGGGGGCGGCCGCCGGGGUCGGGAAAAAAGCAGCAGUUGGAAGCCUUGGGCUCUGCUGGGAUCGCUUUUACUCCGCAUGUUAUCACUGUUAAAGCCGGAGAGGAUGUAGCAUCAAAGAUCAUGGCUUUUUCACAGCAAGGGUCGCGCACCGUUUGUAUUCUUUCUGCAAAUGGUGCUAUUGGUAAUGUCACCCUCCGUCAACCAGCAACAUCUGGUGGGACUGUAUCAUAUGAGGGGCGUUUUGAAAUAAUCUCUUUAUCAGGUUCAUUCAUACUCACAGAGAAUGAUGGGACCCGGAGCAGGACUGGCGGUUUGAGUGUGUCAUUGGCGGGAUCAGAUGGUCGUGUUCUUGGGGGUGGGGUGGCUGGGAUGCUAAUGGCUGCAAGCCCAGUACAGGUCGUCAUGGGCAGUUUCAUCGCGGAAGGGAAGAAACCAAAGCCAGAACCUAUGAAACGUGAGCCUUCAUCAACACUGCUUCAGAUGGCAGGCUUGGGGGCAGCGGCAGCAUCCAGCCUAGCCUCUCAAGGAUCCACAAGCGAAUCAUCGGAUGAGCCCAGUAGCCCCGCUAGCCACAGCACUGGGGCCCUCAACAACACUGGCCAUCCUAAUCAACAUAUGCCCCCAUACCCGCCUGUUGGCUGGCCAGGCUCACACUCUGCAAGUCAGCACAGGCAUGAGCCAAACAUGAGGAUGUAUCCCAACUAAUGAUGCUUGGUUUCAAAAUUAUGGCUGUGUUUUUUCUCCUCGGCUGAUGGGGAUCGGAUGUUGAAGCUAACAGAUUGAUCAUCAAAGAGAUUCUUUCAGUAGAGCUCGACAUGCCAUAGAGUCUGACCAAUGCAGGGAGGAAAAUGCAGCUGCUUUUUUUAAGAGCUAAUGCUCAUUGCUGUUCGAAGUACGUUGCUUUCUUUACCCUUCUUUUCUACUCUUCCUUCUCCUUCUUCUACCCCUUUAUUAGAAGGGCAUUUUCUUAGCUGUGUUAACGUUUCAAAAUCCAAAGACCAGUUUCCAUGCCAUAAGUAGAUCUACAGUUGGUAAUGUGUUGAGGGAGGAUUUCAGAGUUUAUUAUGUUCCCAAUUUGCAAUGUAGCGGAAUUUUAAUUUCGCGUCUUUC